AUGACGACACUUCGUCGGAGACAUUCCUACGACGACAGUCACCAAAAGAGAAAGCAUGCCUCUUCUGUCGCACCACCACCUGACUCAUCAUCAGCAGACUCGGAUCAAACCUUGCCAGCAUUUCCAUCUUCUGCGUCUAGCCAUCAUGUGGUAAUGUCAAGCAGUCACGUGUCAUGGGACAAAUCUGAUUUGUCAGACGCUUCGCUAAGUUCGAUGGAACAGUCAAUCAAAGUAGAGUCACAAGUGGAUAGCUCAUAUCCGGGAACUACUAAACAAAUUCAUCCUAGAGUUGCAUCGUCGUCGGUAUAUCUUAAAACCAUUAUGGCGAAGUCAUGGGUAGACACUGAACAAAUCCGUCCAACCUCCUCUUCAAAAUAUCUGCAUAGAACCAACACGGAUACAUACGACAACGGAAGAAUCGAAAAGGAGGGAGAGUCUUCGCGAAAAGGAAAACUUGAAGUUACAACCUAUGAAGAAGAGAUACGGUCGAGUGAACAGUUUGAAAACACUAAUGAUCAAGGCACUGAAAGUUCUCCAUUAUCUGACGACUACGCUUUCCAUUCAUCAAACCCUCAUGUAAAGUUAUACACCGUAGGAGUCGAUGAUAUUGAUUCAUUAGCCGAUUUUUACUUGACGCCUUCAGCGGUAGAUAAGUCUGAAGUAACUACAAUGUCGGCAUUUGACGAGUCCGAAAUAUUCAUGUCUGCGUUCGAAUCCGUUGACUCCUCGUUCGAUACUUUCCAAACUGACCAUGUUUUCCUUCCAAGUGUCGUUGAGCUAUAUGCAUCCGGUCAUGAUUAUGAAAUCACGAGUUCCGCUCAAAACGAACAUCAGUCCACAUCUCCGGGAAGAGCGACAUCCGCUCGGGACGAUACCUCCUCCGCACUAGACAAUGCCAAUGCCGCAACAGAUAAUACCACUUCCGUCCUGGAAAAUGCCUCUUCUGUUCUACCUAAUACCUCUUCCGCUCUAGGUAAUGCAACUUCCGCACUAGAUAAUGCCACUUCUGCUCUGGCAAAUACCACUUCCGGUUUAGGAAAUGCCACUUCCGCUCUAGAUAAUACCACUUCUGCUCUGGGGAAUACCACUUCCGGUUUAGGAAAUGUCACUUCCGCUCUAGAUAAUGCCACUUCUACUUCUGUCGCAGAAGCACCUAUGUGUCGAUGUGCCUGUCACUACGCUGCCAAUCUGAAACUGUACAGAAACGCCACUGCUGUCAACAUUACGUCUGAUCAGGUUCAGAAGACAUUGAAGAAACAGGUGACAAAUCUGCAGAAACAGCUGUCCCUCAACAAGACGAAUUUGUCGUCUGAAAAGCGCAAGAAGACCAGCAUGAAUGAUGACCGCGCGAGCGCACGUGGUGUCGGUCUCAUAGGUGUCGUCAUGUUAGUCCUAUUGAUGGGAGGUCUGGUCCUUAUGGAUCUGACAACCAUCAAACGCGACUUCCAGCGCCUCAGGGACAACCUUGGGCACUGUUGCAAGGAAAACAACAGCGCCUGUUAA